GCUUGGAAAUUCGACCAAGUGAUCUGGCGGGAUGGGCAUUUUCCUGACCUAUUUUGUAGAGGAGUUGGAUGGCAUAAGCAAUUGAGGUGGUACUGAGGGUUUCUCAAGUCUAUGAAAGGUAGAAACUCAACCAUGAUUAUUUUUCAACUCUACAGCAUUCGCUUCCUUGAAGUCUUCAUUUUUACAUCAGUCUCAGGCAGUUAUACUUAAGCAUGAACAUUGACGACAAACUGGAAGGAUUAUUUCUUAAAUGUGGCGGCAUAGACGAAAUGCAGUCUUCCAGGACAAUGGUUGUAAUGGGUGGAGUGUCUGGCCAGUCUACCGUGUCUGGGGAACUGCAGGAAUCGGUGCUUCAAGAUCGGAGUAUGCCUCACCAGGAGAUCCUUGGUGCAGAUGAAGUGUUACAAGAAAGUGAAAUGAGACAACAGGAUAUGAUAUCACAUGAUGAACUCAUGGUUCAUGAGGAGACAGUGAAAAAUGAUGAAGAGCAGAUGGAAACACAUGAAAGACUUCCUCAAGGACUACAGUAUGCACUUAAUGUCCCUAUUUCUCCUUAA